UUCAAGGACGGACAAGCAGCUGCAUUUCCUCGAAAUUAUAAUAAAUUUCUGUUUUAGUGUUCAAAUUUGAAGUGUGGCUUUAAAAUGUUCUGGAUUAUCGUACGAGUUCUUCGCGGACUGGUGUUACUUACGGGCGUGGCUUCAAUUGAUUAUCAGCGUUAUCGGGAUCAGAUAUUUGAGGCAAGGUGCAAAGCGUGGUGUCUUCAAGAGUAUGGGAAAUUAAGGACCGGCUCGCCAGAGAAUGGUGAAAUAGACAUUAUGAUGUGUGAUAGGAAUAUUUGUCAGAACUGUUUCCGUGGUUGCUUGAAUCUCGGAUGUAACAAUUGUACACGUGACUUGCCAGGGUGUCAAGUAGGCUGCACGAACAUUCAAUCACUUUACGAGCAUGGUAAUACAAGCGAGCUGUCCGUACUUAAGAGAACCAUCCAACCCGCUGCGGUUUACUGCCGAAAGGCAAACAAGACGAUGGUGUCUUGGGCUGCUACGUCUUUGGAGCGAAAGAUCCAUUUGAAUACCACUGCUGCUGUCAGCUUGGCAUACCUUAUCUUUUACAAGAAAAGAAACACCCAGGGUUGGACACUAAAAACAGGAAAGAAACAGAAGGGGUUUCUGUAA